CUCGUGUUGAGUCAUUGGGGGAAAAACUUCAGAUAUAGCACGACUUAUGAGCUGAUCGCACGAGGUAGGGCUGGCUCGCUGAAGCAGGUCAUGCUAUCUUUGUGUGCUUUGUACAAAUAAGAUGCUGCUGAAGCACGCCGUCCCACGCUGGCAGCAUAUUUCACCGCUCUCCCAGCGGCGAUGGGCUACUCAGACGUCUCAGCAACCGUUCCCUCCCGCCAUCAACGAGUGGUCACAUCCUCCCUCGAAUGCGACCAUAUCGGACGAAGAGAUUUACAGACUUGCGGCAAAACCACGUCGUCCACUCACCCUAGCUGAUCUGGUCAGACAUGGCAAGCCUCCAUUGCGAGAUGCGGCUCUCCUGUCCUCUGCAAACUUCACACUCUCUCUACUGCCUUCCAGACUGGCCCAUCGGAUCCAAGCUCUUCGAAACUUGCCCUUCAUCGUCGUCGCGAACCCUCACGUCUCCAAGAUCUACAACAACUACCUCCACUCCCUGUCCACGCUGGAACCGUUCUACAAGAAGCCCAUCGAGACGAUAGAAGAAGAGAUCAAGUUCACGGAUGCGAUGGCGGACCUCGUCCGGACGCACUCAAACACGAUACCCACCCUGGCGCAGGGGUUUCUCCAGUGCCGAAAGUACAUCGAGCCGGCCGAGGUGACGAGAUUUCUGGACCAGCAUCUCCGGGCCAGAAUCGGCACCAGGCUCGUGGCGGAACAGCACCUUGCGCUCCACAUGGCGUCGACGGGGGAGGCGGCGACGCACCCGCCCGACCCCAGCCACGUCGGCGUGAUAGACCUGGCCUUGCGGCCCGCCGACGUCGUCCGGCAGUGCGAAGGGUUCGUGGCGGAGGUGUGCGAACUCAAGUACGGCGUCAGGCCCUCGUUGGUGAUCGACGGGGAGGUGGACGCCGAGUUCGCCCACAUCCCGAUGCACCUGGAGUACAUCAUCACGGAGCUCCUGAAGAACGCGAUGCGCGCGACCAUCGAGUCCGGAAACGAGCGGGAGGCGAUCGAGGUGACCAUCGCGUCGGCGCCCGACGUCAGCACGACCAAGCUCGACUCUCUGAGGAAGCUGUCCGUGACCGAGGCGAACGCCUUCGACUUUUCCCAGGAGGGGCUGGACGAGUACUGUUCCUCCCCGGACGUCGACGUCGGCCCGCUCAACGCCGCCGCGCCCUGCAUCACCCUGAGGAUCCGAGACCGGGGCGGCGGGAUCCCGCCCGAAGCACUCCCCAACAUAUGGUCGUACAGCUUCACCACCUUCGACCACGAAGAAGCCAUAGAGGCGGCCGACGAGACGGGGGGGAGUGCGGGGUUGAACGCCAUAUCCAACAGCGGGACGAACCAGAGUUCGAUCGCUGGGUUGGGGUACGGUUUGCCCUUGGGAAGAGCUUACGCCGAAUACUUUGGAGGUGGCAUCGCCGUGCAGAGCAUGUACGGUUGGGGAACCGACGUGUACCUGACGUUGCAGGGGAUCGGGAAGAUGGAUGACGUGAAAAAGAGCAAGAAUGGAUUUGAGGAACUACAAGAGGAAAACGCUACCAGGAGCAGGUAGUGGCAUUGGCGAGGACCGAGGAAAAGCUUCUUCCUAUCUAUUGGGGUAGGUGUGUUGUCUGUCAAGAUGUUCAAGUGUGUGUGUGUGUGUGUGUGUGU